UGUAUACCAAUAUGUAUAUGCUAUGCAUACAGAGCAGGGAAAGAGGGUAAUUCUGUAAGCAGAGAUCGUGAAGGGCUAAGAAAUGAUCGGAGGAAAAGAAAGACAAAGUAAAGCAUAACGAUGGCGGCAGGAAAUAAAGAGAAAAGUGAAAGCAUAAAACGAGGGUAGCGUCAUAAAGAGGUUAGGAUGGUGUUGAAAAGUGUGCAAGAGCGGCGCUGUGAGAAGAGACGAGAAGAGGCGCGGAGAGUAGUUACGGGCAGAGGGGAGAGGACAACGAAGCAAGAGUUUGGGCGAGGAGUUGGAGGGGUGAGGUUGUGAGGGGUUUACAAGGGGUUGCGAGGGGUUUGCGAGGGGUGGUCGGGAAGGAGAAGAGAGAGUUGGUCGUCAGGUCGUGUGUUGCGGGCUGCUGCGGCUCGGGCGCGACAGUUCUACCUCGACCAUUGCCGGUUAAUUUUCGCAAGGCAGCUACGCAUACGAAACAAUAGAGGUGAUCCUUUCAACGCGAUGCGGCGCGAUAUGACGCGGCGACAGUUUGUGUGUUAGGUUGAAUCGUAAAUCCACGUGCAAUAUUUCAAUUGCAUUUCUGACUUUUUAUCCUCAUCGCGGUAUUACAGACGAAAUUCUGCUUGUUUUUCGACAAAUUUUUGGAAAUUAAAAAAAAUAAACUCUUGCAAUGCUCAAUUAAAAACAAGUACAAAACUUCGUAAAAAUAAAAACUAUUUUUUCCGCAAAUAUAAAUAUAAUAGUCCAUACACAAAAAAAAAAUUCUGUCCAAAUGCACAAUGUGACGCUGAAAGAAGUUACCGUAAUAUUAUACUAUCUUCUCUUUGAUUGAAUUGUAUGCAUAUAUCGAUUUAACAAGUUAAAUCCGAUUUCACGACUUCUUUUGCAGUAGAUCCAUGAUUUACAGAUAAAAAAUCGUAUUAAUUGAUUAAUUGGUGAGAAAACGAUCGUGUAUCUUCUUUCUUGAAUCGUAAUUCGAAUUUAAAAGAUUGAAAGAGUUAGAAACAACUAACUAAUGACACAUCGAGUGUCGAUUCGAUCUAAAAAGAAGGAUAUGUGUCAUAUCGAAGUAACGACUUGCAAGCAUUGUAGAAGCAAUGCCUCUGCUGACGAGGGAAGUUGAGUUUAAGCUUUGGCGAAUCGACAUGUUGUUGUGGGAAUACUGGAACACACAUUCCAAAGGACAAAGUAACGAAGAAAAGAAGACGCAAUCAUGUCAUGGGAAUCAAUCUCUUCAAGAGAUUAUCUCGGCGGAGCGGCCAGUCAUCAACUCUCCGCGACCGCUCUUCUGGGUAGUCCAGAUGGAUCGCGGCAUCCGUUAGAUGUAUGCGAAUUCACCGAAGAGGACUAUCGGCAUCAGAAUUCCAAUGGAAACACUCAUUACCAGAACGGCAGGUCCGGCUCUGGUCUAUGGGAAUGUCUAAUAGGUUGCAGACGUCGGUUAGACCAACAUAUGGCUCGAAGACGGGUGGAACAAGGCUUGAAGCUAUAUCGCGCUCAUAAACAACAAGCUGCUGUUCGUAAAUGGAGAGGUGCUUUAAAGAAUAUUAGACAACGAGAAGAUAAAUUCGCCCUUCUCGGCUAUCUGUAUCAAGCCUACAUGGAUUGGGGAAAGUAUAGAGAUAGCAUCGAUUUUGGACACAAACAGUUAUGCAUUUCCGAAGAAUUGGAUUCGCCAAACAUGCGGGCAGAGGCCUAUUUAAAUCUGGCGAGGGCACAUGAAAGAUUGGGCGCAUUAGAUAGGGCUUUGGACUAUGCGAGACAUAGCUUAUACAAUGAAUGCGACCAAUGUGCGACUGCUGGAUUGGUUCAUUUGACCGUAGGCAGAGUUCACUUGGAAUUAGCAGGAUUUUGUAAAGCUUUGGAAGCUUUUCAGAGAGCUCAUAAAAUUGCUCAUUCGAUUCAAGAUCCGUCAUUGGAAUUGCAGGUAUACGUAGGUUUAUCGGAGCUGUUCUGCAGAUUACACGAUGCUGAUAAGAGCGCUAGGUAUGCGGCUAGAGCUUACGACCUCUCGAGAAGCUUGCAAUUGGGCGACUUAAAUUCCCGACAUCAUAGAGCAGCUCUUCUUCAGAUGGCAGCGGCACUCCGGAAAAAAGGAGAACUCGGUGACGCCCACGAUUACUGUUCGGAAGCAACACGAUUAUCGUUAGUUUCUGGAGAUCAAGCUAGUUAUGCCAGGAGUAUACGAAUAAUGGGAGAUAUUUAUAGAAAAAAAUCCGAUAUAAACAAAGCAUUUCGACAGUACGAAAGUGCGAUGGGAUCCGCGGCAGCGACUGGAGACCGUCUCUGUCAAAUGGAAGCUAUGGACGGCGCAGCGAGAUGUCUUGAGGCCCUUCGAUUACAACAUAAAAUAUGCAAUUGUCGUCCUCUUGAAUUCAAUACUAGGCUGCUCGAAGUAGCUGGAUCAGUUGGUGCGAAGUUCCUGGUACGAACGGUGAGAUCAAGACUUUCGCGUAUUUAUGGUUCUCUUGGAGAUGAGGAACAAAAGACUCAUCACGAAAGAUUAGCCACAGCAAUGGAAGAAGAUUUAGAAUUGCGAUGUGGUAGCUGUAACGAGCCUUUCGGCCUUGAAACCGAUUCCUUGGAAGCAUUACCUUGUUCUCACAUAUUACAUGCCAGAUGUGCAUAUGAUAUUUUAAAGAAACGUGACAAAAAGAAGAAACGUCUGUGUCCCGAUUGUCACAAAUCUGUUAGUUCACGAUUGUACCUGCAUUGCGAAGAUCCUCAUGGCAUGAAUACUUUGAAUCACAGUUCCUUGAGUCUGGCAUCAUUGAGAGCCAGCAGUUUAGCCACGUUGGACGACUGUCACGCUACUAGCAGUGUUUAAAUCUGAUAAUAUCCGUUGUAUCAACUUACUUAUUUACUUAUGUACUUAGGAUUUUGUUUACUUAGAAUUUUUUGAGCAAUGUGUUCUUUGUAAUGGUCACUAAUAUUUCACAAAUGAGCAUAAAGAAAGCAAAUGCAAGCACGACCAGUUGUAUCCUAAAUCUGAUGCAACUGUGCACAUUAGCUUAAUUUCAAAUUUUUUUUUAGAAUAUAAGAGCUUGCGUACAGUCUGCCAAUUAAGCGAUUAGACAUGAAUAUUACUUAACGCGUGAAUCGUUUAAAAUUUAAAUUAGAAUGAAGAAAUUUAAAAAAUACUAGCACAAUAUCGAAAGACUUGAUGGCAAUAAAAAUGCACAUUUAAUUCA